AACAGUGUAAUGCGGGAUGUAUGUUUUGUACAUCUUCUGUCUUAAUGUUGUGCAUAUAGUGAGGGGUUUACUCUGCCGGCAUGUUUCAGUAAAGUAUUGAUCAAUCGUAAUCAUAUGGUGCGCUUAAUUGGUCGGAGACGGUACAUUUGUGUACCACUGACUGGACACAGGUUUUACGUUUUGAAUCGCGGCAGAUGAUGAUAGUGUUGCUGUUGCUGGGGGCCUGUGUUUGUUUGGGUGUUACUGACGAUUUUAGCUCUGUCCGGUAUCGCCUAACAGAUUCAUCUGAUGUUAUUCAGAAAGACGUGUGCUAUGGAGGAACUUCACAAUUUAGGCUUUUAUUUUUCUAUGGACGGAUGUACUUCACUCCAAGUAAGACAGGCGGAUCCAGGAAGCUAGUAAUGGAAAAGGGGAAGGUGAAGGACCCACGCUUCAAGUCUUCUCCUUACUCAGUUACUUUGACAAAAUUGACAGAAAGAGAUGAUGGAACUUUUUCAGUCUCAAUUGCUGGUGAAAGACCAUUUGAUAUCGUCAAACUAAACAUUUUGGAGUGUGCUGAACAAGUGGUGAGGUCUUACAAGGCUAUGUACUCCUUCAAUGUUCCUAGAGAGGCUGAAUUCCUGGAGUUCACUCCUAUCCUCAGUGUGGACCAGCCAAGAGUCCUGUGGAAUCGCACAGACCCUCAGACCAAUAUGGGAGGCAGAGGACAUGUGAAGCAUAAUGUCUGGGAGAUUUCCGAACUCACUCAGGCAGACAAUGGCCUCUACAACUUCAGGAAAAAAGACAAGACUUUGCUAUCAAGGAUAAAGCUCAUAGUAAAAGCAAACAGAAGGUCCUAUGAACUGAGUCCUGGAGAAAGGCUUGACUUCACUUUUGAUCUGGAACCGAACUCCUGCAACAUUUACUUCAUCUCAGAAAGUGACCUCAACCUGAGAGAGUUUGAGACUGAGAUAGUUCGUCAAGGCAGGCUAGAGAGGAAGGGCUUGGAUGAAGUUGAUUGUGUUGGGUUUCAGCUGUCAAAGCCAUGUGGGAUUUUGAUUGACAGCUUCCAAAGGUCAUGUGUUGGACGUUUUGAGGUCAGAGAUCAGAAUGGCAACAUGGCCUUGGUGGUGUCAUUGAAAAUGAAGCCAAACAGAAGGUCCUAUGAACUGAGUCCUGGAGAAAGGCUUGACUUCACUUUUGAUCUGGAACCGAACUCCUGCAACAUUUACUUCAUCUCAGAAAGUGACCUCAACCUGAAAGAGUUUGAGACUGAGAUAGUUCGUCAAGGAAGGCUGCAGAGGAAGGGUUCGGAUGAAGUUAAUUGCGAUGGGUUUCAGCUGUCAAAGCCAUGUGGGAUUUUGAUUGAGAGCCUCCAAAGUUCAUGUGGUGGAUGCUUCGAGGUCAUAGAUCAGCAUGGCAACAAGGCCUUGGUGGUGUCACUGAAAAUGAAGCGUAGGGUAAACCACAAGACAAAGAAGACCAUCCGAGUGCUGACUGUGUGUCACUGCAGUCAUCGAUGGCCUGGGUGACCCGAGUUCGAGACCCAUUGUAGGGACCUCCUUUGCAAAAUAGUUUAUUGAUAAACACUCAUUUCAAAACUUUCAUAUCCUAAAAUUAGAAUUGAAAUAAAAACAAAAACAGGAUUUUUAC